CUGAAGAAUCCAUUAAAAGAGCCAGUAAAUCUUGUGGAAAAUGGCCUUCAGUGAUCUUACAUCGAGGACCGUGCGUUUUUAUGAUAAUUUUAUCAAAGAUGCUGAUCCAAGAGUUGAAGAUUGGCUCCUCAUGUCCUCGCCUCUGCCACAAACCAUCAUCCUGGGACUCUAUGUCUAUUUUGUCACUUCUCUGGGACCAAAGCUCAUGGAGAAUCGAAAACCCUUUGAACUCAAGAAAGUGAUGAUAACGUACAAUUUUUCCAUAGUACUCUUUUCUUUGUAUAUGUGUUAUGAGUUUGUGAUGUCUGGCUGGGGUACAGGUUAUUCAUUUCGAUGUGAAAUUGUUGACUAUUCACGGUCACCCACAGCUUUAAGGAUGGCACACACCUGCUGGCUUUAUUACUUCUCCAAAUUUAUUGAGCUGUUAGACACUAUCUUUUUUGUUCUGCGUAAGAAAAAUAGCCAAGUGACUUUCCUUCAUGUCUUCCAUCAUACCAUCAUGCCAUGGACCUGGUGGUUUGGAGUCAAAUUUGCUGCAGGUGGUUUGGGAACAUUCCAUGCCUUUAUAAAUACAGCUGUGCAUGUAGUCAUGUAUUUCUACUAUGGACUUUGUGCAAUGGGACCAGCCUACCAGAAGUAUUUGUGGUGGAAAAAAUAUUUGACAUCUUUACAACUUGUGCAGUUUGUUAUUGUCACCAUCCACAUAGGCCAGAUCUUUUUCAUGGAGGAUUGCAAGUACCAGUUUCCAGUCUUUCUCUACAUUAUUAUGAGUUAUGGGUUCAUCUUUCUGCUGCUCUUUCUCCACUUUUGGUACCGUGCUUACACCAAGGGUCAGAGAUUGCCUAAAAGUGUAAAUAAUGGAAACUGCAAAAACAAACGUCACUAAAAUACAAGCACAGCAUGAUUGAGACAGAUAUCUUGUCUUCCUUGACAAUCAAGAUAUAUUUACCUAUGCCAUGAUUUUGUAUAUUUUUCAAAACCAAGAGCUUGUAUUUUUUGAUAAGUUAUUGGAGUUUCUGAUAUUUGAGAAUCCAAAGUUCCCAGAUAAGUCUUUUGAUAAUGACAGCCUAGAGCAGCCAUAGGUUUUCCAGCUGCUUUUAAACCGAACUGAAAAGUUUUGUUUAAUAUGUUUUGUUACAGUGAAAGAAGGAUGUGAAGCAAUAUAGUACUCUUCAAAGACGUCCAGUAUAGAUGAAAAAUAUUAGAUAUUUUGAGCACGGACAGAGACCCAUGGAGUACAAUAGAUUCCUU